UUACACCACUCAGAUGCUUGUUUGUCCUCAGCAUUGUUCCAGCCAUGAGUUCUUUCACGGGGAUCCUCCUGUUCUUCACUCUCAUAGCCUGGGCAAUCCGGGCACAGGAACUGAGCAUAAGGGGUUCUUUUGCUGUUAGUUUCCAGGAAUGCAAGCAAACCCUAAAACUCCCUGCUCUGGAGGUUCUUCCUGGAGGGGGCUGGGACAAUUUGAGAAACCUGGACAUGGGGAGAGUGACUAACCUGAACUAUUCAUUGUGCAGAACUACAGAAGAUGGGGCUUAUGCAGUUCCUAAUGAGGUCUUCACCAUUGCCCGCAAACGAAGUUAUCUGGAGUUUAACUCCGAGAUCAUUGAGUCUUGGAUGGAUUACCAGAGUGCCACCUCUGCUUCUAUCAAUGCAGAGCUGCCAUCUUCCUUUAUCAAUGGCAAGUUCUCCAGCGACUUCCACAGGAUGAAAACUCACCAAGUGAGAGACCAGGCUGUAACUACCAGGGUUCAGGUCAGCAAUCUCAUUUACACUGUAAGAUUUGAUCCUGCAGGCAUGUUAGAUGAAGGCUUCCGGCAGCAGGUUACUGCCAUUGCUAGCCAUAUGGAAAACAACCAGACUCAAAUGGCUGACUACUUAGCAGAAAUCUUGGUGCUGAACUAUGGCACACAUGUUAUCACCAGUGUGGAUGCUGGAGCAAGCCUUGUCCAGGAGGAUCAAAUCAGAUCUACCUUUUUGAAAGACAGCUGGUCCAUGAGAAGUUCUUUUACAGCUGCAGCUGGGGUCUCUUUUCACAAUGUUAUUGACUUCAAAAGCAGUAUUGCAGCCAGCACAGACGAUUUUUUUCCCACCAAGCAGUACCACAACCGCACCAACUCCAAGGUGGAGAGCAUUGGGGGAUUGCCCUUUUAUCCUGGUAUUAACCUAAAAACUUGGCAGGAGAGCAUCACCAACCAGCUGGUAGCAAUUGACCGGUCAGGUUUGCCUUUGUCAUUUUUCAUCACUCCAAACCACCUCCCGGAAUUGCCGUUUAGUCAGCACCUGGCUGUGAUCAGUGAUGGAUGCCAAGUGGAAUACUGUGUCAAAGCAGGACUCUUCACAGAAGGACCAUUACCUCAAUCGAGGCUCCCACCUUUCACUCGCAAACCUACUGUAAGUCUUACUGCUACUGACACUGUCCUGGUUGUGAAUGGCAAUGGUGAUCAGACUUGGGUCAAGGACUCCAAGAGCAAGCUGUGGAAGACUGGCAGCCCCACUGAUAUGUACCACAACAUGAAGAUUGUUGGCGGGAGGAGACUAGUAACAAAUAGCCCUGUGUACGGUCUUAUACCUGAAAUGGAGGACAAGCAUCUAAAAGAACAGGAAAGGCAAACAGUUCAGUGGGACGGAUACCAUUAA